AUGUUUGUGGAUGUCUUCAGACAUGCGGACUACAAUCCACGAGAGCUACAGACUUUGAAGAAGGGUAAGGCGAUAAAAAGUGGCAUUGAAGGUUGAAAAAAGAGUAAAAUUUAACGCUUCGAAUGCUAUAAGCCUAUGGCAUUUCAGGAAUUAUGGCAGGCUCAAGUUGCCCACCUCCACUCUGCGAUCGACUGGUAAAAGAACUCGGCAUGUACGACUUUGGAAUCGGCUACGGAUCUACAGAACUGUCUCCGUUGACAACGUUCUCAAGGCUCAGCGAACCUCCGAUGGAACGCAUCAACAGUGUUGGCUACGCCUUCUACCACACUGAAGUGUGUGUGGUCGAUAAGAACGGUCAGGUGGUCGAAAGAGGAGAGAAGGGCGAAGUGUGCUCUCGAGGUGCCAAUGUUAUGAAAGGCUACUGGAACGACGAGAAGGAGACUAAACAGUCCAUUGAUCAGGACGGGUGGUAUCAUACUGGGUGAGUGAUAACAGAGAUCAGAGUUCUACUGUAGGGGGAGGGUUUUAAAAUAGGUUAAAAUACGCUGGUAUUAAUAAUAAUUAAGUAUGGUUAACUUGAGAUAAUUACAGAGAUGUAGGUAUCAUGCAUUCGAAUGGAAGUCUGGAGAUUUGUGGUCGUAUCACGGAUGGCAUCAUCAGAGGUGGAGAGAACAUAUACCCAGCUGAGGUCGAGGCGUACUUGUUCAAGCAUCCUGAUAUCAGUACUGUUCAGGUAACUAGCUUUUUAUUUUUAAUCUUAUUUUAAUAGUAUAUAAAGUGGAGUUAUUAUUAAAUCAAUUCUAUUAAUGUUAUGUUAAAGAAUAAGUAACCCUAUCUUCAAAAAAAUUUGAAAUUUCAGGGGAGGGGGUACCCCCCCCCCUCCCCUUCCCCCAAACGACGUCCCUGAUGCUCAUUAAUAUAUAGGAAUUGACAGUUUAUUAUGGUCGACUACAAACAAGAACGGUAUAG